CCGCUAUCGGCAGCCUAUAUAUGUUUUUCAUCUGGAUCGACUGGUAAACCAAAGGCCAUACAAUGCACUCAUUCAGGUGUCGUUAGUGUUCUUAGGGACCCUGUUGCUCGUCUACAUGUUGGGCCAGGCCACCGCGUAGCUCAAACACUAGCGCCCGCUUUCGACGGCGCUUUACUAGAGGUGUUUUCCGCUCUCUGUUAUGGCGGCAUGCUGAUUUUAAAAGAUCCUACGGAGCCUUUUGAACAUUUGCGAGUGGCAGACUCACUACUCACCACUCCCUCGCUCGCUGCGGAAUUGAAUCCAGAGGACUAUCCCAACCUCAAGUAUAUAUACCUAUGCUCUGAAGUUCUGCCACAACACACUGCGGAUAGAUGGUCAGCCGGACAGGCCAACACGUACAACAUCUACGGACCAACCGAAUGCCACAUGGUGUCUUCUGCUCAAAAAGUCAAGCCAGGACAAUUUGUCACCAUUGGGACACCGUUCUUGUCAACGCGCAUUUACAUACUCGAUAAGCAGGGGGCAUUAUCACCUCCUCUAGUCGCCGGCGAAAUCCACAUUGCGGGAGUGCAAGUGUCCCAAGGCUAUAUCGGUCUUGACGAAGAAACAAAGCAGCGGUUCAUUCUGGAUACUAUUUGGCCCACUGACGACGGACGCAUGUACAGAACUGGUGAUUGGGGCUACUGGACACUUGAUGGUCAAGUGGCAUUUAUAGGCCGAACGGACAGACAGGUAAAGCUUGUUGGG